AGUUUGCUAUUAUUAGUCGUGUUCACUGUACCUAAAACUGUGCAAUAAUUAUCUUAUCUUUUAACAUAUUGAUAACAUAUUGCACCACUGAUAAAAAUGAUUCUUCUCGUGGUGUUAGGUGUCCUUAUUUCUUGCAUUUGGGCUUAUUAUAAAAUAAUUAAACCGGUGAAAUACUGGCAAGAGCGAGAUGUGAUCCACGCCAAAGCAUGGCCAAUUGUUGGAAGCUUGAAAGAUGUCACUUUGAAAAAAAAACACGUUGCUGAUGCUAUUAAUGAAAUUUAUAACCAGUUUCCCAAUGAAAGAUGUGUUGGUUAUAUGGAUUUUACAAAACCUUUUCUCAUGAUAAGAGAUUUGGAAUUGAUUAAAAGGAUCACAGUGAAAGAUUUUGAUCAUUUCCAAGACCAUCUAGCUUUUGAUACCAUCAUAAGUGAUCCACUGUUAGCAAAAAGUUUGCUUAGUCUCAAUGGAGAGAGUUGGAAACGGAUGAGGGCCACAAUUAGUCCAGUUUUCACCAGCAGUAAAAUGAGAUUUUUAUACACUUUGAUGGAAGAGUGUGCAGAAAAUUUCACUAAUUAUUUCAAAGAAAAAGAAGUCAAAGUUGAGAUGAAAGAGUUAUUUUCGAAAUUUGCCAAUGAUGUUAUCGCAAGUACAGCUUUUGGUAUCCAGAUUGACUCUCUCAAAGACCCGAACAAUGAAUUUUUCAAAAUGGGUUCCAGCUUUACUAAUUUCGAACUGUGGUCCAUUCUCAAAAUUUUUAUCAUGCAAUUGGCACCCGGAUUAGCCAACUUACUGCGACUUCGGGUCUUCAGUGAAGAGAUUACUAAUUUUUUCAGGUCGUUGGUAAGAGACAAUAUCGAAAAAAGGCACACGGAAGGAAUCAUUCGUCCCGAUUUGAUUCACCUCCUCAUGCAAGCCCAAAAAGGCCAACUCAAGUCCGAAACAGACGAAGAAAUCGAGCACUCAGUCCUCGGCAAUGCCAAAAUCGAGCUAACAGACGACCACUUUGUCUCUCAAGCCUUAACUUUCUUCCUCGCCGGUUUUGACACUGUUUCAACAGCUGCCAGUUUUAUGGCACAAGAACUGGCACUCAAUCCCCAAGUCCAGAAACAACUCCAACUUGAAAUUGACUCAGUUUGGGAAAAAUACAACGGAAAAGUCCCCUACGAGACUCUCCAAUCGAUGAAAUACCUCGACCAAGUCGUUUGUGAAACGUUAAGGUUGUGGCCACCGGCAUCACAAACUGACCGACUUUGUGUCAAAAGUUACGUAAUCGAGCCGGUGAAUCCCAAGGAAAAGGUUGUUUUUGUUGAAAAAGGGACAUCGGUUCUUGUACCAAUCAUGUCAAUACAGAGGGACCCCAAUUAUUGGGAAAAUCCGGACAAGUUUGAUCCUGAGCGGUUUAGUGAUGAAAAUAGGACGAAAAUAAUUCCAGGGGCGUACUUACCGUUCGGGGCAGGGCCCCGCAACUGCAUUGGUUCGAGAUUUGCUUUACUUGAAAUCAAAAUUCUUUUUUUCCAUCUCUUGUCAAAAUUUAUUCUUGUGCCGGGUGAUAACACAGAAAUUACGUUGAAACUUGACCCUACGAAACUAAGUAUGACUCCAGAACAUGGCUUCCAAUUGAGUUUGAAACGGAGAUUGUUAUCUCCUUAACUGAUUCAAGUGUUUAGAGGAAAUGUCAAGUGGUGUAGGUCACGAUUUUGUCACCUCUACAUUUCAUGACAUUGAUCUUAUCAGGGAUUACAGUUUUAUUAAUAUUUUGUAACCACAGUUAGUUCAGUGUCAAUAAAAGACAAAAAUAACGUGUUUAUUUUGGUGGUGCAUUUUUAUGUAAAUAAAUAAUUUCCAAAUCCGUGUUUGUGUGAA